AUGGUUUUUUCUUCUGUUCCAGUCUAUCUAGAUCCACCCAACUGGCAGCAGAACCCAAAUCGUCAACCUGGAGGAAGUAGCAGUACUACUGAGAAUCCUCAUCAUCAGCUUCCCCCGUCUCCACCACCACAGCCUCUGGCUGGUGGGGGUGGGGGUGGGGGUGGGGGAUCAAUCAGGCCCGGAGGUUCGAUGGCAGAUCGGGCUCGGCUGGUUAAAUUGCCACAGCCUGAGGCAGCACUGAAGUGUCCAAGAUGUGAAUCAACCAAUACCAAGUUUUGCUAUUUCAACAAUUACAGCCUGUCGCAGCCCCGUCAUUUCUGCAAGUCUUGUCGACGCUACUGGACAAGAGGUGGUGCUCUAAGGAGUGUUCCAGUGGGUGGAGGUUGUAGAAGGAACAAGAAAAGCAGCAAAGGGAGUAGUUGUAGUAGUAGUAGUAGUAGUAGCUCAAAAUCUUCAGCCUUGUCGGCGGCGGUGAACCCUCAAACUGGCUCACCUGUUGGUACCACAAGUAGUGCAAUCGCCUCCAAUAGCUGCUGCACCACCAGUGAUGUAAUGAGCCAUAUUAAUAUUGCCCCACCACUUCCACCUCUACAAUUACCAUUCUUAGCCUCUUUACAUCUCUCCGAUUAUGGUGCAGCAGACAUUGGCCACAAUUUUGGUGGAAUUCAGGCUGCAACAGGUGGUGACAUGGAGUUUCAGAUAGGAAGCAAUUCAUCAGGUGGUGGUGGUGGUGGCGCCACCAUUUUUUCGGCAGGAGGUACUGAGCAGUGGCGACUACAGCAAGUGCAGCAAUUCCCUUUCUUAACUGGGUUGGGGCCUCCCCCAAGUCUGUACCCAUUUGAAGGUGGUGAAGGAGGUGGUGGUGUUGAGGCACCAGGGGGAGCUGCAGCACAGCUGCUUCGGGCAAAGCCGGCGGUGUCUGGCUCCAGUGGUGGUGGUGUCACACAGCAGCUAGGUUCAGUAAAAAUGGAAGAAAAUCAAGGGUUGUAUUUGUCAAGGCUUCAGUUGUUGGGUAUUCCGGGAAAUGAUGAUGAUCAUAAUAAUCAUCGUAAUCAGUACUGGGGUGGCAAUGCAUGGACAGAUAUUUCUGGUUUCAACAACUCCGCUUCUUCCACCAACCAUCUCUUAUAAGUC